AAUAUAAUCAAUGAAUUCCUAUGUCAUAACGCGCAUGCGAUAUUUUACGAGAUUUACUAUUAAGCAAACCGAAAUUGUCGUCCAUUAUUGUGAUCUUUUGAUUUGAGUGUUUGAGUAUUCCUUGUUUUUUGGUGUUUAGUGUUAUUUGAAUUUAGGUAAUAAGUGUUUACACACCAUGACUUGGGGAUUUGUUACUUGCGGACCGAACGAGGCACUUGUCAUUUCAGGAUGUUGUUACAGCAAACCGCUAUUGGUGCCCGGAGGACGAGCUUUUGUAUGGCCUUCCAUACAAAAAAUUCAAAGGAUAUCCUUGAAUACGAUGACACUUAUUGUAGACAGUCCCACAGUAUAUACAAGUCAAGGUGUCCCUAUAUCAGUAACAGGAAUUGCACAGGUAAAAAUACAAGGACAAAACGAAGAAAUGCUCCUGGCAGCGUGUGAACAGUUCUUAGGUAAAAAACAAGAAGAAAUUCAACACAUCGCUCUGCAUACCCUUGAAGGUCAUCAAAGAGCCAUAAUGGGAUCCAUGACAGUUGAAGAAAUAUAUAAAGAUCGCAAAAAAUUCAGUAAACAAGUAUUCGAAGUAGCAUCAUCCGAUUUAGUGAAUAUGGGAAUUACAGUAGUAUCAUAUACUUUGAAAGACAUACGAGACGAAGAGGGUUACCUUAAAAGUUUGGGUAUGGCUAGAACAGCGGAAGUAAAAAGAGAUGCCAGAAUCGGUGAAGCGGAAGCAAGAGCUGAAGCGCAAAUCAAAGAAGCAAUUGCCGAGGAACAAAGAAUGGCUUCAGUAUUUUUAAAUGAUACAGAAAUCGCUAAAGCCAAAAGAGAUUUCGAAUUGAAAAAAGCAGCAUACGACGUUGAAGUACAAACCAAAAACGCCGAAGCUGAAAUGGCUUACGAAUUGCAAGCUGCUAAAACCAAGCAAAGAAUUAAGGAAGAACAGAUGCAGAUUCAAGUAGUAGAAAGAACGCAACAGAUUGCAGUCCAAGAACAAGAAAUCGCUAGACGUGAACAAGAACUCGAAUCUACAGUUCGUAGACCAGCAGAAGCCGAAAAAUAUAGACUAGAGAGAAUCGCUGAGGCUAACCAUAAACGUGUACUUUUGGAAGCAGAAGCCGAAUCUGAAGCAAUGAGGCUUAAGGGUGAAGCUGAAGCUUUUGCCAUACAAGCGAAAGCUACCGCCGAGGCGGAACAGAUGGCUAAGAAAGCUGAAGCUUGGAAGGAAUAUAAAGAAGCUGCUAUGAUUGAUAUGUAUCUAGAUGUAUUACCAAAGGUCGCUGCCGAAGUUGCUGCACCUCUUUCUCAAGCUAAGAAGAUCACGAUGGUUUCUACUGGUACAGGUGAAGUUGGUGCCGCAAAACUUACUGGUGAAAUUCUUGAUAUAGUGAACAAAGUACCUCUGCUUGUGAAGAACAUGACGGGUGUUGACAUUUCGAAGUCUGUCCAUGCUGCUUAAACUUCAAAAGAAGAAAGAUGUAACAAUUCACUAUGUCAAUGUUUUUGAAAACCAAUAAGAUUUCAAGUUCUUGUUAAACAAGCUAAACUUUGUAAUCCAUUUUAAACCUUAUACCUAUCUCAAAUAUUCGAAUGUUAUGUUAAUGUUAUUUUAUUUUUAUGUUUUUAUUAUAAAUAUCCAAAGUUGCUUUUACAGGAAUCAGAUCUUAUUAUGUUUUUAUUAUUAUGUAUUUUGCAUGAGAAAAUACUAGGUUUCUAUUUUUGAAAUUAAUAAAUAACUCGAUAAGUCAUUUGACUAAGAAAAAAAGAUUUUUUUGCCAAAACCAUUCCAACGCUUCUCUACCUUCUCGUUGUCGUACCUGAAGCAGAAUUUGUAUUUUGCUUCAAAAUAGGCCUCAGUUUGUUUCAGCAAUUACUUUUUCAAUUGAGGCGAAUUUCUCACCGGCGAACGUGAGAGUGAAACUGAAACAUUGGUAGAUAGUAUAUAAAAAAUGUAUUCUAGAAAAUGGUUUGAAGAA